AUGGAUACAGCAACUACGGAAAAUCUCGCUUCGAAGCGAAAGGUUAUUUAUGCGAAAGUGAAAUGGGAGUUAUCUGUCGCAGAGAACAUCCGCUGCCGGAAGCCGUCCGCUGCGGAAGUAUUGGAAAGGCGAAGUAAACUCACGGAACUUGCUAAUCAUUUCGACGCUAUUCAAACUGCGAUUGAAGAGGAAACGGCCCACUUGGAGGAUGUUGCAUCAGUUUUCAAUCAUCGGCUCCUGUUCGAUGAAGUGUACUUCCAGGUUAAGGAUAUUUACACCCAGUAUCUGGAAGAGAAGCAGGAAAAUUCCUCGGUUCGGAGUUCCAAUUCAGAGGGAACAAGUGAUUUACGUGACGCAAUCAAAGCUCUAUUGGAGACGCAGCAGGCAGUUCUCGCACGGCAACCAGCUUUGGAAAUUCAAUCGGUGAAACACGAGCCACAUAUCAAUGUGAAGCUACCGCAGCUGAACAUUCCGGUAUUUAACGGCAAAAGGAAAAAUUGGCGUUCAUUCAAGGACUUGUUCGAAGGCACGAUUCAUAAUCGCACUGAUCUGAAAGAGUCAGUUAAAAUGCAGUAUCUUUUCUCAUACAUUGACGGAGAGGCUAAAAGGAUGGUGAAUUCAUUUCCGAUUAGUGAUGCCAAUUAUCAUGAAGCUUGGGAGACAUUAAUUGCGCAUUACGACAAAAACAAAUAUACGGUGUUUGCACUCAUACGGGAAUUUCUGGAGCAACCUUCAGCAAGCAACACGAAUGGAUUGAAAAAACUAGUGAAUGUUUCUGAUGACGUCAUUCGUCAGCUCAAGGCGUUGGGCAAUGAAUACGAAACGCGUGAUCCGUGGCUCAUUCACCUGCUGCUGGAUAAGGUGGAUAAAGACACACGUUCGCUUUGGGCACAGAAAAUAAUCGACAUCGACAACCCUUCGUUUAUGGAUUUUUUGGACUUUCUGCAGAAGCGCUGUGAUGCAUUGGAAACCUGUUCGGCUUUUGUGAAAAAACGUCGUUUGACAUCGUGA